AUGAACCGUCUUUUUGGAACCUCAAAAAAGACACCAAAACCUUCAUUAAAUGACGCUAUUGCUGCUACGGAUAAUCGAGUUGAUGCCGUUGAGGUAAAAAUAAAGAAACUUGACGCGGAAUUAGCUAAAUAUAAGGAUCAAAUGAAGAAAAUGCGUGAUGGGCCAGGAAAAAAUGCAAUCAAGAAUAAAGCGUUACGAGUUCUAAAACAAAGAAAAAUGUAUGAAACUCAACGGGAUCAACUUCAACAACAAUCUUUCAAUAUGGAACAAGCAGCUUUUACCACCGAAAAUUUACGUAAUGUAAUUUCCACAGUUGAUGCGAUGCAAAUUGCUAAUAAAGAAAUGCAAAAACAAUACAAAAACAUAGACAUAAAUAAGAUUGAGAGUAUUCAAGAUGACAUGGAAGAUUUAUUGGAACAGGCUAAUGAUAUACAAGAAUCACUUGGAAGAACAUAUGGAGUUCCUGAAGAUAUUGAUGAAGAUGAUUUGGAAGCAGAACUGGACGCUUUGGGAGAUGAAUUGAAUUUUGAAGAAGAAGAAGAACCAUCAUAUUUACAAGAAACACCUGAAUUACCAAAUACUGGACUUGGAGAAUUGGAUAAGACAGAGGUAAAGAUAAAUUAA